AGAACCUUCUGCUUGGUUAUCCGCGUACAAUUCGUAUAGACGCAAGUCACAGCCUUAAGCUAGAUCGUAUUUAAUAGGGGAAAAAAAUAAAUCAUGGCUAAAGUAAUGAACUACCAUGAUCGUUUCGGUGCUCCUGCUGCGGUGGAAGAACCAGUCAUGACCGGGACUACGAUUAUGGCAUGCACGUUCAGCGAUGGUGUUGUGAUCGGAGCGGAUUCCAGGACGAGCGUCGGAAGCUCAUAUGUUGCAAACCGUGUAUCUGAUAAGCUUACGAAGGUGACCGAUUAUAUCUACUGCUGCCGUUCAGGGGCUGCAGCCGAUACGCAGGCCGUCGCUGAUAUAGUGAGCUACCAUCUUGCUUUCUACAAGUCGGAGACAGGAGAAGAGCCGCUCGUAUCGACAGCAGCCGCUCUUUUCCGUGAAUUGUGCUACAACUACCGCAACAAGCUCACCGCCGGGAUCAUCGUCGCUGGGUGGGACAGGGUGAAAGGUGGACAGGUGUACAUGGUCCCAUUGGGAGGUAUGUGCGUUGAACAGAAGUACGCUAUGGGUGGCUCGGGCAGUACUUACAUAUACGGUUUUACUGACGCCAACUACAGGGAAGGCAUGAACUCCAAAGAAUGCAAAGCGUUCAUUAAACAAGCCAUCGCACUUGCAAUAAGACGUGAUGGUUCUUCAGGUGGUGUCAUCCGUAUGGGCGUAAUCACCAAGGACGGUAUACAGAGAGAGGUCGUAGCUGGAAAGGACAUCCCAUCAUUCCUCGUCCCUGCUAAAUAGUCUAUACUUAAUUAUCAAUUUCUUUAUUUGCUUUUUUUAUUAUAAAGAAGAAAAAAAUGUAUCAUUUAAAAUAAAUACAAGUU